GUGGGUACGCACGUGGACAUGCUCGGAGCCCACAAGAUGGCUAUUCUCGACAAGGUCGACCGGCGCAUCCACGAGCUGCUGGAGAGAAACCAAGCGCUCAAUGAGCAGCUUGUUGUGAACACAGCGGAAGAGCUGUGUUUCUUCCCCAUCGACAAUCGGCGACGCGGCCGACAGUCCGUGGAGUCUCUGCGCGUCAAGAUUGAUGAGACGGCAGCGGAGAUCUGUACAACUGGCUUCUUGUCAAAGGCGCUUCCCCUCUACUGGCUUCGCUACCAGACAGAGCUGAUCCGCUUAGCCCGGGCAGGGCCAGAUCGCUUUUGGGGAACUGCCAGUGUCGAGGGCACCAUGCCAGCUGCAGGCGCCUCCUCGUCCGGGCCGCCAAAGCCGGUGCACGCGCUGCCCUUCUCACAGGUGUCCCGUCUGGGCCGGGCGGUUGGAAUUCAUGACGAAGGCGAGUUACUCUCGGUGUUGAUCUACCUACAUGACACAGGAUCCAUCAUUUUCUUCGACGAAGAGAAGCUGCGGGACUGCGUCGUGCUAGACCCAUACUGGCUUGCUGAGGCUGCAGCCAAUAUCUUCAAUUGCCCUCGGGUGGUUCAAGGUCGGUCGGCCUCUGCAAGGCGGCUCCUCGAGCGGGGCGAGCUCCACGUAGACCUCCUGCGACAGCACCUCUGGCGGUCGGAGAGGUUCGUGGACCACAUCCCAGUUCUCAUCAACUUGAUGCUGCGCUUCGAUCUCCUGGUCUCCUCCUCGGACCAGGAUGUCUUCGUCGUGCCUUUCUUGCUGCCCUUCAAGACAGGAGGCUACGAGCCCCCCGGCGAGGGCUCCCUUUCCUUCGACUUCCAUGGCAUGCUCACGAGGUUGCUUCCGACGGUCUUCCCGAGACUGAUCGCCAGCGCUGCCAAGAUGCCAUCGCUUCGGCUGACGCACUCCCGGGUCUACAAGGACAGCUGCACCAUCUUCCUUGGAACACGACGCCUUGCCUUUGAGCUGCUCCCACCGGGGCGGCCGGAGAUGAUCGCGGUGAGGCGCCUGGCAGGGAGCGAGGAUGGAGCCGAGUCGGAUGGCGACGAGUCGGGUGGCUUGCAGCUGCCGCUCGACCUCGCGAAGCAGGUCAUCAGCCUGGUCCACGAGAGCACGUCCGAAUGGCUUCCGCACCUGUCGUUUACCGCAGGAGUGCUUUGCCCUCAUUGCCACCGCAGCGGGGCUCCGCACGUGAUCGAUGUCAGUGAACUCUCGGAGGUCGUGAUCUGCAGCCGCACGCACGAGCCUGUGACCCUGGCGAAGGCUGGCUGGGCAUUUCGGUGGCGACAAGAGGUGCUGACCUCAGGGGGCGCAUCCAGGAAAUCUAGUGAUGUCAUACUGGACCUCGAUGUCGAGGAGCUUCGUCCAACUGCAGAGGAAGCAGCGGACCCAGAGCCACCAGAGCCACCGGCGAAGCUCGCGCGGCCACCCUCGCUGCCCGGCGUGGAGCGGCGGACGGUGCCCAUCCCCAUCGUGACGAGCAGCGAGGCGUUGCCUGCGCCAUCUCCCGGCUCGCCUCAUCCUGGCGAGGAGACUCCUGCAUCUCCGAGCAUGCCAGAUCAGGUGGGCUUGCUCUACUUCCUCUAUGCCUCGCCGUUGACCGUGGACACCAUCGACGUCCGCGCAGAGCUUCAGCUGCUGAGGGAGGCGCUGCGUGCUGGGCAGACCACCGGAGGCGAUCAGAACGACUUCAAG